AUCAACACGAUCGUUCCAACAAUACAAAGACACAGUGAGCAGAAAAACGAUGGGGAAACUUUUAUUUGCAGUAGUUGUUCUGGCUGUCGUUGUGGCAGCUUCGUACGGUCAGUGCACUGUGAGCUACAGAAAACCCGAUAUAAAACCCUGUCCUGAAGAUACAAAUGAUGAUGGUAAGGACUGCUGGCGAGGAUCUUACGGAAGAGGAGUAGGCCGGCUUCCAGACAAAGCACCUUGUCCAUCGGGACAAAGGGACGAUGGCACAAGUUGCUGGAGUGAUGCACACAUCUAUGUCAAAGGUUGUUGCUGUACUAUUUGGGGAUGCUGUGACAAUUGCAAAGCCGGAUACAAUGACGACGGCUGCACCUGUCGAAAAACUGAUGUCGGUAUCAAACUGACAUUGUUCCAAAGGUAUCGUUGUAAGAGUGGCGAGGAAAUGUACGGCCAUUUGUGCUACCCUAAAUGUAAAAAGGGAUAUAACGCAACCGGAUGUUGCAUCUGUGUUCCUCGUGGGAAGAUAGGCGUUGAAAUAUGGGCCAAAGAUCGAAAAUAUUGCAAAGACGGAUCACCACUGGUCAAUGGACAAUGUAAAGUUAAAAAAUGCACAUAAGGCCUAAAAAUGUUUGUUUCCGGUAUCCCGACAUACCCUGAUUUUUUUCGCCCGAUCCUAAAUGUUUUUAUUACCUUGGAUAUUUAUUUUUCAAUUUUUCAACAAAAAGUUGCAAAGCUGCACUUUGUAUGCUUUAAACAUGAUCAGUGAUGUUAGAAAUCAACUUACUGAUGCUCUCAAUGCAUAACCCUCUUAUUUGUAUUCAUCUUUUUAAACAAAAAUAAUUUUCGAAAAGUCCCCCUAACCCCUCCCCCCACCCCCGAAACACACACACACACACACACACACACACACACAUAUACAAAAAAUACCGGAAACAACCUACGUUUUUUAGGCGUAAGAACUCUCUCUUGAAACACAUUAAAGCGAAAUCGACACAGUUUAAAACGAUAUUGGACAAAAAUCAUGCCGACUUUUUAUUAAAUGA